AUGUGGCAUUUUCUUGCUUCUGCCCGAGGUCUUACAACAAAAGACGCAAACAGAUUGGAACGGUUUGCGUGCGAAAAGAAACCGGCCGGAGCCAGACGAGAAGGAAAAGGGAGCCAUUUGGCGCCUGAUACAACCUUUGUGUACGUGUUCGGCAUCUCCCAGCAGCUGCCUAACCGUUCCGUUUGUACACUGUUCUUCGUCAUCUACAGGCUUUUCGCUCGAAUCGGAUCUUUACACUGGGCGUACGCGUUUCAAACCCUUUGUCUGAUGUGA